UCGAGGAGUCAAAUUCCAGCAGACGUCACAGAAACACACCGCGUAACGGGACAAAGUGCGGCUGCAAUCCGGCUCUCGUCUGCUUCCUGACAGCAAUGUGCUGCUGUGGCUUCAUUUUCCAAGUGGACUUAAUAAAAUAACAAAACAAAGAACUUUGAAACAUUCGCUAUGGAUUAAACAGAGGAACACAAGCGCGAGCUUUCUUCAGGUUUCCCUGUGGCAGGAAACUCGCCAUUUGCGUCGCAGAGUUGGAUAUUUAAUGGAUCUAUUUCAUCCAAGCGUCGAUUAAGAUUACAUAUCUGAAAACCCCGGACUUUAAGUGGAAAGUGUACAAAAAAACUAUUAUUUUUCUGAAAGAAAGCGAACGCGCUCGGUUCACGCGUAAAGCGCACGCGCAGCCCAUCUGAGAAUGACGCGCGCGUCGUUUGGAGUUUAACUGACCGCAACUAGUUCCGUGGAUUUACCGGUUUUAACCCGUCAUGAUGUUCGCAGGAAUGAUCAUGGUGGAAACCAGCUCAAAAACACCCAAAACUAACUCUGACUCCGCGUGUCACCGCUGCGCUGUGAGGACAGGUGGUGCGAGUCCGACCGCUGGAGCGGGAAACCAUCACAGACGGCCGGGAUAUCAUCCGCUUAACCAGUCAUGUGACUCCAAAACUCCUGUUUCUGGCUCGCCUACUACUGAGAACACUCGAAAGAACACUAGAAAGAGCGCUUCGGGUUUACCCAGCGAGCAAUGGCUUAAGGAUGUUUACAAGAGAGACGACAGCCAGGAUUCUACCAAAACUCAGUGUUUGCGAGACGCAGAGGAAAACUCCUUGAUGCCAUCGUGCAACGUUUUUAAUUCGAGCUUCAGUUUCAUUCAGCAGUCGCUAGAAACUAGUGAUCUAUUAGAUGCGAGCACCAACAUAUCUGUGUGUAAACGGUCUGAAUGGGAGCGAGUGAAGACGUGUGAUGCUUUUAAACCACACACUGCUUUAGGAAAUCACUCGAGCCAAUCAGAGAGCAGCAGUGUUUCAGCUAGCCAAUCAGAACAUGAGGUUUUCUCAUUAAGCAAUUCGCCUUGCUCGAUUGGUCAGUCGGUGCGACAGAAAGGGCUGUUAUUGGACCGAGAGCUGUGGCUGGUGGAUCUGGACGUACCCUGGCCACACCGGGACAGACAGAUUUCGUCCUCCAUGGCGUCUUACGUGAAAGAAAGCAUCCAGGACCCAGAUUCGAGCUCUCUGGACACUGAAGUCACGUCCUCGCUCUCGAUUGACUCGUCAGACUCGACCUCGGCCUCAUCGGUCACGUCGGGUUACGACAGCACAACCCCGUCCGCACAUCAGAGUCGGGACGGUCUGAUAAAAAAGUACGAGGAUGUUCUGCAAGACUGUCUGCAGAGCAAUCGCACAAACACCAAGAUUAAGUCCAUAAUGACGAAGCUUCAGAGAUUGAAGCACAAAGCGGUUCUGGAGGACGACUUUGACACAGCCGAGCGUUUUGGUAAGAAGCUAGAGGAGCUGAGGAGAGAGCGAGCGAUGCUGAAGCCUGGUUUACCGUCCAGACGUCCGGAGCUCGCUGGAUUUCUGGAGCGUCUCAGGACGGCCGUCCACAGCGUCAUCCACAGGACACACACACACUGCAGGCAAAAUGGUGAAUUGAGUGACGAUCAGGGAUCAGGCAGCUCUCAACCUCGAACACGAGAGACGCUUUUAGAGGAAAAACAGAGGAUUCAGAAGGAGAUGUGUGAUGUUCAGCGGAGGCUGGAGGAGCUGCGAGAGCGGAGCAGAGCUGUGGAGGAGCAGCUGGAGCAGCUGGAGCUGGAGGAGCCCGUCCUCGGUGGCUGUGAUCCGGCUCAGAUGCGGCUGAUGGCUCGAGUGCUGGAGGACAUGAUCGGCUCUGAACACCGGGGCCAGAUCAGUGCGUCUCCACCCGCAGAGAUCAUCAGACUUCAGGAGCAAGAGCGAGCGCUGAGUUUAUCUGUCAAAGAGGCAACGGCUAAAGUGCUGUUGAGUCAGAGACUGGGAUGUAGUCUGCGUCGGAAGGUCAGCGAGAGUGAAACACAGCUGCUGGCCCUUCAUGAAGCCAAGCUCGUGGCCAUCUCAGGAAAUGACUUCAGCAGCGCGAAGGAGCUGAAGACUGAAAUCAGGAGCGCGUACGGCGAGAGAGAUCGUCUGGAGGGUCUGAAGAGGAAGCUGAAGACUCUGAGCACAGGAAGUGGAUAUGAUCUGAGCCGCAUGAAGGAGCAACACAACCAGAUCAAAGUGGAGCUGCAGGAGAGAGAAGCCCAGUACGAGCGCAGUUUAAAGGAGAACACUCUGAAGUACAUUGAGCUUCUGGAGGACAGACUUCACAGCUGUGGAGGUCCGGUGCUGGAACACAUUUGGGAGGCAGAUUUGGAAGCUUGUCAUCUGCUCCUGAAAAGCCUCGAUCAGCACACAUCCAUUAUCUCCGAAACCGAGGAUCUGCCCUCUGUUCCUGGAUCGGUUUCAGAUGUCCUGCUGUUCAGUAAAGAGGAAUCGGACUGCGCCAUGUUGACCGCUCUUGGGGGCCGCUGGUGCCUCGAGGCCAACCUCCAACACUCAGAGUUCACUAAGAAAUUAGAGGAGUUUCUCUUCUGUUUGGAGGAUGCUUCCCCUGAGGAUCUGUGCGGAGAGACGACAGAGCUGACAGAGCGAUGUGAACUCAUCAGUGAGCGACUGCAUUAUCUGGAAGACCGGCUUCAGACUGCUAUAGACCACCAUGACAAGGACCUCACUCAUAUCCUUACAGAGCUUUGUGUGUGUGUGUGUGUGUGUGUGUGCCACUCUUUUAAGUGCUCCGUUCUCAUGUUCUCGCUCGGGCUUUAUAAAAAUUCAUGAGUGGAGAGGAAAUGACAGGUACACGUCUCACACGAUCAUUAGAGCCACUAAUGUAACCUGCCCGUCACUUUAAC